GCGCGCGCGCGCUGGCCGGGAUGCUCACGUGACGCGGGGCGUGCUGCGGCCGCCCAGGCGGACCGACCGGGCGAGCGGCGGCGGCGGGAGCGGCGGUGAUGGACGGGUCCGGGGAGCAGCCCCGAGGCGGGGGGCCCACCAGCUCGGAGCAGAUCAUGAGGACGGGGUCUCUGUUGCUUCAGGGUUUCAUCCAGGACCGAGCGGGGCGCCUCAGCGGGGACACGCCAUUGCUGGGUCUGGAGCAGGCGCCCCAGGACGCUUCCACCAAGAAGCUGAGCGAGUGUCUCAAACGCAUCGGGGACGAGCUGGACAGCAACGUGGAGCUGCAGAGGAUGAUCGCGGCCGUGGACACAGACUCCCCCCGUGAAGUCUUUUUCCGAGUCGCAGCGGAGAUGUUCGCGGAUGGCAACUUCAGCUGGGGCCGGGUGGUCGCCCUUUUCUACUUUGCCAGCAAACUGGUGCUAAAGGCCCUGUGCACCAAGGUGCCCGAGCUCAUCAGGACCAUCAUGGGCUGGACCCUGGACUUCCUUCGAGAGCGUCUGCUGGGCUGGAUCCAGGAGCAGGGUGGCUGGGAUGGCCUCCUCUCUUACUUCGGGACCCCCACGUGGCAGACGGUGACCAUCUUCGUGGCCGGUGUGCUCACUGCCUCACUCACCAUCUGGAAGAAGAUGGGCUGAGGCCUGGAGGCCUGGGACUUUGGUUUUUCUGCAUAAGUUAUGGCAUUUUCCUGGGGGCGGAGGGGCGGGGUGGGCAUUUUUCUUACUUUUUGUAAUUAUUGUGGGGGGAGGUGAGGGAGUGGGGGUGGCAAUAAACCUCUUCCGGGCCACA